AAGUAACCAGACUCGAUAAUAUUAACAACAUUCAUGAAUAUCUGCUUAGUUUGGGAUAAUAUAUUCAUUAUUUCAAGGACAAUCCUGGCCACCAUUUUGGAUGGAUUUAUUAGUGUAAAAUCCAAUGACGCAGCAUCUAAAAUUAAAAACAGCACCAUAGUCCAUAGGCUAUACACAAAGUCAAAGAGACUGGAAAAUGCAAAGUUUACUGAUUUUUCUUCAAUUAGGCCUACUGGUCCUAAUUUGCAUGCAAUCUUUAUCUAAUGCCGUCCUCUUCAUGAAUUGUGAAGAAGUACUGGUACAAUUAAAGCUAAUGUUUUGAAAUGGGCAGGUCAUUUGCUUUUGUUUACAUCGAACAGCUGAUACAUUCUGUUUAUCUUCGGAGCUGUCAAUCAUUUUGUAACCUUUGACAUCGAUUCCUCAUUUUUCUUUAUUCCGAGAUAUCUCAUGUCAUUUUAAAUUUUAGUGAUACACAUAUAACUAUUUUUCUAUUAUAUCACAUAUUUGUUCGAGAAAAUGUGAGUUUCAUACGGAUAAGCAGUAUAAUAGUUUUUGAUUAGGCGUGGUUUGUUGUGUCACAUGACCUCAACGUCACCACAUUAUCGACAGAUCCGCCAUAGUGUUGUUAUCGUGAGCAAGUGUAAAUUUGCAAUACCUUCCUAAAUUCUCCAAAUUGAUUCAUUUCGGGGAGAUUCAAGAUGUCAUCUCCCAGCCCCGGUAAACGUCGAAUGGACACUGAUGUUAUUAAGCUAAUCAAUAGCAAGCAUGAAGUGACCUUACUAAAUGGUCUUAACGAGUUCAUCGUUAAAUUCUUUGGACCAGAUGGAAGUCCGUAUGGUGGAGGAGUUUGGAAAGUGAGAGUUGACCUCCCUGAUAGGUAUCCCUUCAAAUCUCCUUCAAUAGGUUUUCUGAACAAGAUUUUCCACCCAAACAUUGAUGAAGCAUCUGGGACUGUCUGUCUUGAUGUGAUCAACCAAGCUUGGACUGCCUUGUAUGAUCUCUCGAACAUCUUUGAAUCUUUUCUGCCACAGCUUCUCUCCUAUCCCAACCCAGUUGAUCCUCUUAAUGGAGAUGCUGCUGCAUUGUACCUCCACAAACCAGAAGAAUACAAAAAGAGGGUCGAAGAAUAUGUUAAAAAAUAUGCGACCGAGGAGGCAAUACGCGAACAAGAAGACCAGUCAUCAUCAAGUGAGAGCUCUUUGUCAGACUUUUCUGAGAAUGAGGCGCAGGACAUGGAGUUAUAACAAAUACACGACUUGUUAAUAUUUUUUUGUAAAUAUCUGGAGAUAUUAUUUAUCCUGUGGAAAUGAAUUGAAUUCACUUCAAGAUGCCUUCCUCAGACCAUUUGUUGGCUAAUGUUCUCUUUUAAGUGUUCGAGCAUUUCAAGCCAAGGUUGGCUGAUGUUUCAAAAUUACGACAUGAUAAUCAUUUUUUACAAACUGAAAGAUGUUGACGGGGAUAUACAUGCUUCAUCAAGCAACCUAUGAAUAAUCUGAUGUCACCAAGUGCUCUUUAUCUGUCACUUAAAGAAUCUUCUCACGGUGCCAAAUUGAAUGAAUAUGCUGGUUUAUACGAUAAACUCCUCCAAAUCUUUUCUCAAAUGAAUUUGAGGUUAGAGGGGUGUAAAGCACUCCUCACUCCCUCUAUUCCACCAGCUACAAAAGAUUAUUAUUGGAAAUCUGUACCCCACUCUAGUUGUCAAUCGAUUGGGCACUGUUAUUCUUGAAUAUUUUUUUUUCAUGUGAGGAAGUCAUCAGAAAUCGAAUUGAAUCUCAUCUCCAUGGGUAGUUGUUUUUAUAUGAUAUUGAAACAGAAUAUGUACGCCACACAAUGCCGAAAUAGGCAAGUGUAUUGGCACCUGGCAUUUUACUAGACAUGUGGAACCUUUUUGGUCUAUUACUGAAUACAAACUUGAGUGAUUAUAAACAAUA